UUGACCAUUCAUCCCGUGUAAGCGGCUCCUCCACUGCACCGGCCGGGUUUUAGCUAGGUUUUGCGUGAACGAGCGUCCGCUUUGUCGUUGAAAUGUCUCACUCAGCGCCGUCCGACAAGCCUUCUAAUCCCGAAAACCCCCGUGUCUUCUUCGACGUGGACGUGGACGGAGAACCAGCCGGGCGAAUUGUUCUGGAGCUCUUUGCCGAUAUCACCCCUAAGACUGCCGAAAACUUCCGAGCCCUCUGUACUGGAGAGAAAGGCAUUGGGAAAUCGACCGGGAAGCCGCUGCACUUCAAAGGAUGCCCGUUCCACAGAAUCAUCAAGAAGUUCAUGAUCCAAGGAGGUGACUUCUCCAACCACAAUGGCACGGGAGGUGAGAGCAUCUAUGGGGAGAAGUUUGAGGAUGAAAACUUCCACUACAAGCAUGACAAGGUGGGUCUGCUGAGCAUGGCCAACGCCGGGCCCAACACCAACGGCUCACAGUUCUUCAUCACUACCGUCCCUACGCCGCACUUAGACGGAAAGCAUGUGAUCUUUGGACAAGUGCUGAAAGGGAUGGGGGUUGUGAAAAUGCUGGAGUCCAUGGAUACUACAGAGGAUGUCCCUGUAAAGCCAUGUGUCAUAGCAGACUGUGGUGAACAUAAGGACGGGGACAGCUGGGGUGCUGCACCCAACGAUGGAACAGGAGACGCCCACCCAGAGUACCCCGAGGACUCCGACAUCGACUUUAAAGAUGUUGACAAAGUUCUGUCCGUGGCUGACGACAUGAAGAAUAUUGGAAAUAACCUGUUUAAGAAUCAAGACUGGAAAGGUGCAGUCAACAAAUAUAGUAAAGCUCUCAGGUACUUGGAGGUGAGUGGAGAAAUCCUGGAGGAGGAAGCACAGCAGAAGCUGGAGCCCACAGCACUCAGUUGUUUCCUCAACACGGCCGCCUGCAAACUGAAGAUGCAGCUUUGGCAGGAUGCUCUGGACAGCUGCAGUGAGGCUCUCGAGCUAAACCAAGCGAACACUAAGGCACUUUUCCGGAGGGCCCAGGCCUGGCAGGGGUUAAAGGAAUACAGCAAAGCCAUGACUGAUCUGAAGAAAGCUCAGGGAAUAGCUCCAGAAGACAAAGCUAUCAGCAAUGAAAUGAAGAGAGUCCAACUUAAAAUCCAGGAAGAGAAGGAGAAAGAGAAGAAAAUCUAUGCCAAAAUGUUUGCAUGAACCGAAGGAUGCAGUGUAUUACCGUUCAUUGAUAUUUGAAGUUAUGGCUACAGUGGAAGCUGCACUUAAUCAGAUGAAGAGUUUGUAGCCAGGUGAAAAUGUACGGUGUUUUCGUUUGACGGUCCUUUCAUGUUUUCAAGCGGGCACAUUUCUCACCACCUCUCCUUGCGGGGUAACAACUGUCAGAAUUUUUGAGCUGUCUUUAUUCUAACAAGUGUCUUCGCUGUAAUGAAUAGUUUGGAGUGUUUGUCUAAUGCAUGGCUGAUUUCACUGUGCUGAAAAACAAGGUUCACAUGGACCUUUUAUUCUGGGGUUUUGGAGAAGUUUAGCAAAGCCAAGUUGUGUACGUUGGACCAUUUCAUGGAAGGGAUUUUGAUAUAGUGCCCUUGGUCACAUAAAGUUCAUCCAUUUGUUUUUAUUUAUGUUUUUUACAGGGGUCAAUAAAACAAUGGAUACCCGUCAA